GGUUGUCCGGUGACACGUUACUCUUCUCCUCCGUGACAGGUUGUCCGGUGACACGUUACUCAGGGUGUCCGGUGUCCGGUGGGUCCAGCUGUAGUUUCUGAGGCAUGGCUCAGCAGAGAGGAGUCAACAGUCUGCAGUUCAACCAGGACCAGAGUUGUUUCUGCUGCGCUAUGGAGACCGGGGUCAGGAUUUAUAACGUGGAGCCUCUGAUGGAGAAAGGACACCUGGACCACGAGCAGGUGGGCAGCGUGGCUCUGUGCUCGAUGCUGCAUCGCUCCAACCUGCUCGCCAUCGUUGGAGGAGGAGUCAACCCAAAGUUUUCAGAAAUAUCUGUUCUGAUCUGGGACGACGCUCGAGAGUCCACAGACCCCAAAGACAAACUGGUGCUGGAGUUCACCUUCACUAAACCUGUGCUCGCUGUUCGCAUGAGACAUGACAAGAUCAUCAUCGUCUUAAAGAACAGGAUCUAUGUUUACAGCUUCCCCGACAACCCCGUGAAACUGUUUGAGUUCGACACCAGAGAUAACCCCAAAGGUCUGUGUGAUCUGUGUCCCAGUCUGGAGAAACAGCUGUUGGUGUUUCCGGGUCAUAAGUGUGGCAGCCUGCAGCUCGUGGAUCUGUCAAACACCAAGCCGGGAACAUCGUCUGCUCCGUUCACCAUCAACGCUCACCAGAGCGAGAUCGCCUGCGUGGCGCUCAAUCAGCCCGGCAGCGUGGCGGCUUCGGCCUCUCGUAAAGGAACUCUGAUCCGCCUGUUCGACACGACGACCAGAGACAAGCUGGUGGAGCUGCGCAGAGGAACCGACCCCGCCACCCUCUACUGCAUCAACUUCAGCCACGACUCGUCCUUCCUGUGCGCCUCCAGUGACAAAGGAACCGUUCACAUCUUUGCACUCAAGGACACCAAGCUAAACCGGCGCUCUGCCCUGGCGCGCGUGGGAAAGGUGGGCCCUGUGAUUGGUCAGUACGUUGACAGUCAGUGGUCGUUGGCCAGCUUCACCGUGCCGGCUGAGUGCGCCUGUAUCUGCGCCUUCGGGAAGAACACAUCCAAGAACGUCAACUCUGUCAUCGCCAUAUGUGUGGACGGAACCUUCCACAAGUACGUGUUCACCCCCGACGGAAACUGCAACCGGGAAGCCUUCGACGUGUAUCUGGACAUCUGUGAUGACGACGACUUCUGAGCCGCUACGCGAGACGAGGAGGAGACACGAGGAGGAGGAGACGAGGAGUUUGUGAAACUUUCUGU